AUGCCUCAAAAAGGAAUUUUUAAUGCAGCAGGGCCAUGUAAGGCCUUACAAGAUGUGCGAUGUUUAAAGACGACAAUACAUGAGGAAGAUUCAGGAUUUCAAUUUGUGCGUACACGUAAACCUGAGAUGCAAGAAUCUUAUGGAGAUACAUCUACACAUUCUUCUAUGCAUAUGAUGGAUAGUUUUAUUAAAUUACCAACAUGUGAUACGCCAGUUAUUGAAAAAAAUCGAGAUUUGCGUCAACGGCGACGUAGUAGCCUUGGACUCCGUGGAAAACGAGCAAGUUCUAUUAUUGCAAAUGGAUCUAUAGCAUUACCGCAUCCAAGUAUUAGUCAUGAGAGUUUUUUUAAACAUAUUUCAGAGGAUUUACCUGAGCCAGUCAGAAUGAAACAAUUAUUGAUUUGGUGUGCAAAACGUGCAUUAGAUGAACAAAAGAUGAGCGGGCUUGGAAAAGAUUCCCGUGCAGCUUCUUUAGCUAGGACAAUUGAAGAAGAAAUUCUAAGCGAUUUAAUUGAAAAUAAAUUAUCCCCAAGUUGGUAUAAUAGAAAGGAAGAAGAUAUUUUAAUAAAACCAAAGCCUCACCCGAGGAAUAUAGAAAAUCAAAAAAAAAUUAAAGAAUUUGAAGAAAAAUUGUCUAGGUUAAAGGAGGAAAUAAAUACAUGGAAUAGGCUUGAGACUUCAUUUCUAUCUUGCAAAAACAACAGAGAUUUCGAGAAUCCACAAGACAUUGUUUCAGAAACUGCUGCUAAUGGCGUAUUAUUUCCUUCAGAAGACAUUAAAUUGGAUUGCCCAAUUGAUCAUUCAGAAUUAUUGGAAUGGCUUAAAUCAGAAAAAGCAAAUUUGGAAUUUAAAGUCGAUAGACUUUAUCAUUCUUUACACGUUAUAGAUUCUUUUACCCAAGUCUCGAAUCGCUAUGCAACACAACUCUUAAGCAAUGUUGCCAAAGCAAUUCAAGAACGUGAGAAACAAGCUCAAGUUAAUUCAGGAACAAGUGAUAUAAAUAUAAAGGACGUGCUUAGGGAAAUUACAAGACGUGACGAGUAA